AUGGCCCUACACAACUCUGCAAAUGUGAUGUACCUGGAAAGUUUCAUAGAGAGCACCGGGAGCCUCCCGACUGAGCUUCAACGCAUCCUCAACACCAUCAAAGCCCUUGACGAAAAGUGCAACGACUUGUCGUCAGAAUUGCAAGCCAACGUGAGCGUGUUGUUGGGGAUGCCCCAUGCACACCAGCAACCGGCAGUCAGUCCGGAGUAUGAAGAGCUGGUUUCGCGAGUGGCAGGAGCACAGAAGAUGCUGGUGCAGUUUGCAGAGGAGAAAGUGCAGUUGGCACAACAGGCACACGACCUGCUGGAGGUGCACGCACUGGAACUGGAGCGGGUUACAGACGACCUAGAUAAGGAGCUGCGGCGGAACAAUCCCGAUGCAGGCCUGGAGUAUCUCCAAGACUUUGCACUGGACACUACACGGGGGAAGACACCGCGGCUUGAGGAUUUCAAUAUGUCGUUGCAGCAGGAGCUGUCCCUGCCGCCCGCCCCUGCCCCGCCACCCAAAAAAGCCGCCGCGACGCAGAAUGUGGCCAGCAAGGGCAAGCGGCCUCGGGACGAGGACGGGGUGGCAGGUACAGGGGCAGUAGGUGGCGGUGCUGGAGGCGGUGGGGGACAGCAGGCCCCCGUGAAGAAGAAGGCGGCAGUUGCAGCCAUGCAACUGAGCUCGCAGCCCUCCGCGUUUGAGGACUAUCCGCUGGACUCAUUACCCGCUUACGAAGAGCCCGUGGCGGCGGAGGCCCCCGUGCCCUUCAUGCGGCCACCACCCGCCGGCUACAAGUCGUCGUCUUCCCGACCCCAGGCCGCUACGGGUGGUCUUGUUCGUUACUUGUGUCCCGAAGACAUCCGGGAGGACCUGGUGGGGCGACAUGCAGAGCUGUUCUGGCCUGAUGACAACCUCUGGUACCUCAUUGAGAUACAGGAGGUUAACGUGACCACGCGGGAGGCCCGAGUGCUGUACUCCACCGGGGACUUCGAAACCCUCAAUUUGGAGGAGACGGCUCGGGACAUGCACAUGGUCCUCAUUCCGGAUCAGCUCUACUAGGGGCACAGCAGGAGCACACCCCAGCAGCUGAGCUUGUGAAUACGAAUGGUACGGACGCUUGGAGCUUCAGUUCAGUGUUUAUCCACACUGUGUGGAUAGAGUCUCAAUACUCGGCCGAACGGAUCCUGAUGUACUAUAGAUUGCCGUACACUCCGUAAUGCCGGGGUGGCGGUCGAUUUGGCUGUUGCUGAUGAUGUAGUUGCCCCGCCAGCGUGGCGGUGGACGUUGCCGCCAGGCGCGAGGCUAGGGACGCGCCUUGCCCGGCAUCUGAUAAAAUCUGCUGACUUUGCGGUGCGGGCAGGGAUUGUUGCUGGGUUGCAGUGGCAGCCUGCUGCUGCUUUUCGCGAAGAUCGUGGAGGUGACAGACAGCCUCGUGUACCUGAAUGAAUGCAUUAUAUCCCGUGUAUCAAGUCCACUUCGGAAGCGCGGAGAAUGUAAGACUGACCUUGC